CCUCUCUCUCUCUCUCUCUCUCCCCACCCCCCCAGCGCUAGUGAUUUUCAUGGCUAUCCUCUGAAGAAGAAGAAGAAGAUGUCGACGUUAGAGAAGCUCUUUGUGCAGAUCUUCGAUCGGAAGCAGCGAAUCAUCGACCGGGUCAAGCACCAGACCCAUCUCUUCGACCAACACCUAGCCUCCAAACUUCUUAUUGACGGAAUUGCUCCUCCCCCUUGGCUCUGGCCUCAUCCGCUCCACGCUCAGCCCUCAGAUCUCAAAGAAUUCAAUAAAGAAGAGCUCCUAUCGGGAGUCUUACUCCCACAGCCACCACCCACCACCACUUAUUCCAGUAGUCACUGCUCUCUGUACAACAAACCAGUUUUUGCAUCCGAUAAUGCACAGUUACCAAAUGAGCCGCACACACAGGUUCAUGAUUCAGACGAAGGCUUUGAUGCCGGAGAUGGGCCAUCAUCUUUGCAGCAGCGUCCUGAUGAUGAUGGAUGUGCCUCCAGUGGUGUUCCUGAGCUGGAUCAUACUGCUAUGUCUCCUCAAGAUCCAAGAGAUAUGGGAGUACCGGAUAUUUACCAUGACCAAGCUCUAUCAUUGGCAAGGAUUCAUAGGUCUAAGUCAAGACAAAGGGCUAUAGAGAUUCGCAAUAGCGCAAAAGCAGCCUGCUCAAGUGACGAGAAUAAUGUCGAUACAUUUGCUGGUGGAAUUUCAGGGUCUGCAAUUGCUUCCCUUCAGAAUGACCAGGAUGAUGAGUCAGUGUUUGUCAAUCCGAUGGAUAUCAUGACUGCUAAGUUCACAGAGAAAGGAGCAAAAGUAGGUGAUUGCUGGAGUAUGGGAAAUGGUAGCUAUAUUUACUCUGGUAGAAUGACGAGGUCUAUAAGCUCCAGCCAGCAGCUGUGCUCUUUGAAUGUGAAUAAAUCUUAUAUCUCCAGGGAAGAUGGUGGUAUACUUACAGGUUCUACCUCCAACUUAAAUGAGCAGUCUAGCCAUGAGAAUGAACUGUUGGAACUAAUUGAACCCGCUAAUAUCAGCAACAAAAGUUGUGGAGAGAGGAAGGCAAAAAGAGGAGAUGACCUGCGCAAGGACACGGGAAGCAAUGUUUACCUUAGAAGAGUAACACGAUCUAGAAAUUCUAGGGAGACUAGGUGCUCGAGUAAAUCAAUGAAUCUGGAUAGCUCUUGUGCCAAUAACAAGGCGGAUGAUCUUAGCGAUUCCAAGGAGCCUUGCAUUUAUGUGAACGAGUCAGUGGAAUUGGUCAAUCCCUCUGCUAUCACUAUUGACAGUAGUACAUUUAAAAAAAUAAUGGUGGACUGCCAGAGAAAGGAAGAGGGCUGUAAUGCUCAUUUUGGUAGAGAUCUAAGAUCUAGAAGUUCUUGCCAGUCAUUGAACAAUGUUAAUGGUACUUCAGAGGCACAGUCCGUGAGAAAAUCCUCAAAACUGCCUCAAUCUCUAAGUUGGAUUGGAGAUGCAGCUUUAAAAAAUGGACAGGCCCCUCAGAUGUAUGAUGCAAGGUCCUCACUGAGUCAACAAGAUCAAGAUUUAUGUGGGGAAAAUGCAAGAGAGCACUCAAGUAAGGGGGAUUCUGAAGUAAAGUGCGUUGCCAGAAAUACAGAGUCACAGGCUACUAGUAACAUCAAAAUUAUUCCUAAAGCUGUCUACUCCAAUGCAUAUAACCAAAGGGUCACCCGGUCCAGAGUUGCUGCUUCCAGCAAGUCGAAUGAAAUACAGGGUGCUCAAAUGUCUGCUGGAAGGUCCUUGCCAAGUCAAAAGGAUCGAGAUCCAUGUACAAUUAAUGCGACAUGUUAUCCGGAUAAGGAAAAUGUCGCUGACGCAUUUGCUGCUACCGACAUAAAGGGAGAAACGACAAGUACCAGUGAAGGAAUAUCAAAACCUCUCAACUCCUCCCAUGCUUUGGGUUUUAAAGUCACACACUCUAGAUCUAAUUCCUCCAACAAGCCUCCAAUUGCACAAUCUAUAGACAUUUCUGAAGGAAUUGACCUCAAUAAAGGCCCAGGUACUCAAAUAAAAGUCUUGCCAUGUAUUGGAAACAGUGACACGGUUGGGCUGGAGAGAUGCGCUGUAAAUAUGAUGGACUCUGAGAUUGAUUCUGAUGAGUUCAUUGAUGCUGGCUUGGGUUGUCCUGGGUCUAAUAUGGACAUUGCUUGCCUUAGAGUUGGAUCUGAUGUUUUAGUGUUGAGGCCGCCCUCUGAUUCUAAUAUGCUUAUGAAGCCCAAGCAACUUAAUUUUGUUGAUGUGGAUGAGUCUGGUUUGAAUGGAAUUUCUUGUCCUGCAUCUGAAAAGGAGGUACAGGGCAGGUCCUCAGAAGCUUUUGCUAAUCCUGCAGAGUUAAUGGAGAAAGUAGCAUUUGUUAGUCAUCAAGCUAGGUGCAGCAUAUCCCCAGGGAAACAUCUGCCAGAGGAGCAGGAAGAUUUGAGCAAUGAAAAUGAACCUCAAGAAUCUUCAUCCAAAGUCCCCGUCGAGGAGACAUAUGAAGCCAGUGGAUUUUCGGAUGGAAAUGCUGUGUCUUUACUUAAAAAACCAUCUGAGAUUCCUAAGGAUGCAGCUAUUUAUACCUUUCCAGAAAGUGGCGGGAUUUACCAAGAUAAAUAUUCUUUGCUGGAUCAUUCAUCUAUCUCCAGAGUUGCCUGUGAAGAUUCAAUUAGAAGUUUGCCAAAACUAAUGAAUUCUAAUCUAUCAAGUGUUAGUGUUGAUACUAGGAUGGAUCUUUCCUAUGAGAAGGUUGUUGUGGAACAUGAUGACGGGCAAUCUACCAAAUUGGUUUCUGAAGAUGAUAGACUUGAUGGUAGUCUCUGUGGUGAUCCCAAAAAAUCAACAGAUGCUAAUUUUGCCAUUGUUAGUGGAUCCAGUCUUUUCAAUGAUCUUGAUGUAUCUUUAACAGAUUCUACAGUUGACAUUCCUUGUCCUCUUUUGGUGGAUGAAACAGAGGAUGAUUUGAAGCAGCAGAUUAUACAUUCAGGUAAUUCUCAGAAUGGAAAUGCAGAUUCCUUGGGGAGAUGUAUCAGUGAAGAAAAACUUGUAGUUGGUCUAAAAUCAACCGAAGAUGAGAUUGCAAAGAUUGCCAUGCCAAGAGGUAGUUUUAGCUUGGGCUCAGAGGAUUUAGGGCCUCAGCAUAAGCGGAGAAAGAUUGAGGGACAACUAACUAGUGUCCUGUCUACUUCCUCAGGCUUGAGGGAAGAGGGGGUUGAAUUGAUCAGCAGGUAUUCUAUAAGUGAAAACCUGAAUGAUGCAGAAGAUAAUCCCAAGGCUGUCCUAGAUUCUCAAUACUUUUCAUCAUCCCUUGAGGAGGGGGUUGCACAAUUAGACAUCAGUAAGAGCCUGGUUGAAGAAAUGCGUGAAAAUGAGGAGGGCCACAUGGUAGAAGGGCCUGAAUCUUCACCUAGGCUGCAAGUUGAAGAGGCUCAACUCAGCUUGGAAGCUAUAGGUGGAAGUGCAAACAUGCCUUUCACUUUUGUCGAAGAUGGGCUAAGAAUGUCCCUUAUCUCAAGUUUGAUCGAUCAGGCUGCUGGUGAUUCUCAAUGUUGCUUGACAGAGGAAAUGGAAGAGGCUAAUUCAAAUGGCAAAAUAUUUGAUUCAAGACUGCAGUGUAUUGUAGACCAGAUCCCCCUUGAAGAUAAAUUAGGACUGGGAAGUACAGAACAUUUUACUUGCAGUGAAAGAACCUUGCCGGAAAAUAUAUCUAAAUUUAAAGGACCUGACAAAUUCUCGAGUUGCUCAGUUGUUUCUCCAUGUAGCCACUCUUUGGAUAUGACGGGGGCCGACGAGGCGGUGCCUGUGUUUGAGGGGUUCAUUCUGCAAACAGAUGACAAACAGCCAUGCAUUGCGGGGGAGGGAUUUAACUUUAAGAACUUCGACCUUCCAAACACUGAUAUAGAACGUGCUAGUAUUCUGGAGCAGCUUUGCAGAUCUGCUUGCACGAAUACCCCAUUAUCCUGUUCUUCAGCUGCGUAUAAGUUGCACACAAUUCCAAGUCUGUACAGCUCUGUUCCUAAUGGGCUUCUAGAGGGCAUGAACCUCAGAAGCAACCUUUCUACGGAUGAUACUGGAAAGCACCCACAUGGUAGUUGCGUGAAUGAAGAAUUUGGCCGCGCUUUUCAUGGGAGGUCCUAUUCACAUUGCCCGCCUAAUUCUAGUUGUCAAUCAGAUUGGAAUAUAGGGAAUCCUUAUACAUCUCCAGUUGGGAAGCUCUGGGAUAGAAUCAAAUCAAACUCUGGCAGUUCAGAGAAACGAACAAGCUUAAAUCCGGAGCUUCCCUGCAUUAAUGAAGAAAAUGAGAAUGCAGAUGAGGUAGCCGAGACAAUCCCAGAAGGCAUUCGUUCAGAAGUGACAACCAGCUCAGUCAAAAGAGAACCACUUCUUGACAUUACAGAAAAUCCAAACCCUCCUGCAUCAGUUUCUGAAGUGGAGAUGUAUGCAGAUAGAUGUAGUCUAGACUCUGUAAACAUGGAAUUUAGCUUCACUGGGACUCAUACUAGGGUCAAACAGAAACUUAGAAACCAACACAGUCGUAAGAAAAGAUAUGUCAAUAAGGCGAAAGAGAACCAGAGUGUAUCCAUUGGAGUAAGUAGUGUUACGAGGGCCACAGAAUCAGUUCGUGACAGAUUCAUUAAGCCAAAAUUAUCUGGAAAAACCAGUACGAGAAAAGGGAGCCCUACUUUCUUAGGGAGGGAGUCCAAGCCUAACAAUAUUGUCUCCAAUAUCACUUCCUUUAUUCCUCUUGUUCAACAAAAACAAGCAGCCACAGCUAUCACAGGGAAGAGAGACAUCAAAGUGAAGGCCCUAGAGGCUGCUGAGGCAGCAAAACGUCUUGCAGAAAAGAAAGAGAAUGAGCGUAAAAUGAAGAAGGAAGCCUUGAAGCUUGAGCGAGCCAGAUUGGAGCAGGAAAAUUUGAGGCAGUUGGUGUUGCAGAAGAAAAGAAAAGAAGAGGAAAAGAAGAAAAAAGAGGCUGAUAUGGCAGCAAAGAAAAGGCAGAGGGAAGAAGAAGAAAGGAAAGAGAAGGAGAGAAAAAGAAAGCGUGUUGAGGUUUCACGUAGGCGGCAGCAAGAUCAUGAGAAAUUAUGUGGUGAGAAAGACGAGAAAGAACUGAAAUACCGAGCUACAGAUACAAGAAAGGAUGAGAGGGAGGAAAAUAAGGAUGAAACAGAUAAACAUAAAAAGAUGGAAAGCAUUAGGGAAGCUGACAAUCCUGGGAAGGUUUCAGAGACUGAACAUAGGACUACCAGGUUUCCAUCAAGUGACACCAGGAAAGAAAGCAAUCUCAAGGAUUCCGAGGGCUUGAGCAAUAGAGGAAAUAAUUCAAAGGUAACAAGCAGUCUGAACAAAGCAAUAGAAAGUGACAAAUUGUUUACCAACACAAAGCCAGAACAAUCGUAUGAUAUUUCUCCGUACAAAGUUUCAGACGAUGAAGACGAAGACGACGAUGAUGAUGCACCAAACAGUAAAUUCAUUCCUUCAUGGGCCAGUAAACAUCGUGUGGCUCUAGUUGUUUCUUCCCAGCAAAGAGUAGACCCUGAAGCGAUUUUUCCCCCAGAAAGCUUUUCCAAUAUAGACGAAGUUCUUUUGCCUCGAAAACUUCAGCUAAAGUAGCAGGCUAGAAAAUGAAAAAGAGUGCAUAAAUUUGCACUUUUUCAGUCAUCUGGUGAGGGAAUUUGUCAAGAAAAGAUUUCCAAGGAACAUACUCUGGAAGAGUUUAGGAGCAGGUGACUUCUUCCCAGCGCAAUUGUAGCUGAAGAUUGCAGAAGUCACUGAUGUUACGGUGUAUAUUCUCUACUCAUUAUUGUAUUUUGGACCUUUUGCUAUCUGACCGUAAUUCCUCAGUUCCAUACUUUGCCGAUGGAAAGAGCUAUUUUGCAGCUUAUUGGUUUGAAGCAAAAUUUUUAUAGCUGCCAAAGCAGCUAAAACAAAUUCGGGCAUUGAUCCUACUUCUUCAGCACUUAUUCCCAAUCUUAACGCCACAGCACCAGCAGUGCAGCAAACUCUAGAGAUAACAAGUUUCUGACCAGUAGAUGCACAUUAGUCCGUUGCUUCCAGCAGUUGCUCAUUCCCUGAGGCCAAAGAUGGAAUUCCACAGAUUGUUGUAAAAACAGUGAGUUUCUAUGUAUUUUAUAAUUAUUUUCUUGGAUGGAAAAUGAAGUUACCAGAAAUUCAAGGAGCCUCAGGUUUGAAUACAUAUCUGAACUUAUUAGAAAGAGAAAUUGCAGUGCAGAAGUUCAAAGAAGUGGCAACAGGCUAGUAAACUGUUAAAUGGAGUUGGACAAGUAAUCUUUGGUAGUGUUAUUGUAGAUGUUACAAGAUAGCAAAUACUAUCAAGUAUGGAGCUAAAUUCAGUCUUGCUAAUUGAGCUUCUACCUCUAGUCUUAUUGCAAUGAUCUCUCCUAUUUGUCUAAG